UAAUAAAUGUAAAAAGUAACACCUUAUAAUUACUUAAUUACAAAAAAAAAAUAACCCAUAUUUACCGUAGAAGUAACCCCUUAUAUUUACAAAACGUAACCCAUACUUUCAGUAAACCCCUCUGUGUUACCCUUUCACAAAACUGAAGUUACCCUUGCAUACAUGUAAAGUAACCCUGCAAUACUAGCUAAAAAGCUCGUUCAAGAAAUCAGCUCAUUUGUUUGAUCCGAUAAAGGUGUGCAGGAAUAUAGGGUAGACCUCCUUAGAUCAGAAACGUCCACUGAGGCAAUCAUUAGCUCCGACAACGACGUCGCCAAAAAUUCUGGAGGAAAUGAGAGGAGAGAGAAAAUAGGAAAAAAUGGGGGAAAUAAGAGGAGAGAGAAGAUGAAAAAAAGAGAGGAAAGAGAAAAUGAGGCAAAAAAUGGGGAAAAUGAGAGGAGAGAGAAGAUGGGGAAAAAUGAAGGAAAGAAAAGAGCUGGAAAAUCAGGCGCGUGUUGGAUUCGGCUUGGCCACACCUUCCCUGCCUUUUUUUAAAGUUUGCAAUGAUGAAAUGGGAUUUUUUUAACCUUAUUUAACGCUACAUUAAACCAUGCAACACUAAAUGUUCAGUUUUUAUGUUUUGGUAAAAAGAAAAAAAUAAUGCAAGUUUUUCUUAAUAAUAAUAAAUCUAUUUAUCCAAAUAAAAUCAUAUUCUACUUAUCUUAAUCCCCGUGGAAAAACAGAAUCAGCAUUUAUCUAAGGGAUGGAGGGAGUAAGAUCUCAAUUUUUUGUUUAAAAAAAAAAAUUCAAAAUGUCAGUAACUCAGUACGUACUCACGAAGUCACUACUCACAUAGUUACAUCACAUGAUGAAAGUCACCAACGGCUUCCUUAGAAAAAGAAAACAAAAAAAAAAGUGUAGCCAACGGCUAGUCCAAACUGCACUAUUUUUUUAACCCACAUUCAAAACUCUCUGUCAAAUUUAAAUUCUCCGAAGGACUUACUAACUAGCCGUUACUUUCCUUACAUUCACUCUCAUUCAUUCUUUCUCUCUCUUUCCCCAUAUAUCUCAUUUCCUCUCUCUAAACAGCAAGAAAUUAUAGCAAAUUCAAAAGAUCUCACAUUUCCAUUCAAAGAAUAAAUUUGGAGGUAACUGAAAUCAAUCUAUCAAUGGUAACUAAUUCCUCAAACAGAUCUCCUUCGACGAACACGAACACGAACACGAACCCAAUCCACAACUCAAGAAACAAUCAAGAACGAGAAGGAGCUGGUGUCAGAAAGAGUUUUAGUGGAUACCCAUCUGCUAAAUCUUCCCCAAUUUCUACUAACAGUCGUGCUGAGAAUGCAAGAAGAAGUUCAUUUGGUAGAGAAAAUGGGGAUGAGCAGAAGGAAAAUGAAAGAGAUCUGAAUUUGAAGCCGGUUUCGAAAAUCCGAUCCCCUUUGAUAUCAAAGGGGGGAAGUGGAACUAAGAACUUUAUGUCACCAACAAUUUCAGCAGCUUCCAAAAUCAACCCAUCACCUAGGAAGAAAGUGUUGGGAGAGCGAAACGAAGCCAUUCGGACUUCUGCUUCACUCUCCCACGGAAAGUUCCAUUUCUUCUCCAUGAAUUCAUUGGAAUUUGGUGAUGAAGCUGAACAGAAAUCAGUGAUGGAAAUGGAAAGUCUUCCUAUCUCGACGACGACCACAGUAACAAAUUUCAAUAACAAGGGUACUGAUCAGGUCUCUAUCACAGAGUCUGAGGUCAAUAUGGAUGGUUUUAGUCAUGGCAAUGGAAAAAUUGAAACUGGGCCUGAUUUCGAUUCUGAUUUAGUAGUACUUGAUUCUGAGGUGGUACCAAUGAAUGCUGCAAACUCUUCUGAACCUUUGCCUUUGAGUGAUAAAAUUGCUGAUGAUAAUGUGAGUGUAGAAGAUAUGAACAACAGUUGUAAGAUAGCUCCUCUUGGUUCUCUUCCACCGUAUGAUCCACAAACCAAUUAUCUUUCCCCAAGGCCUCAAUUUCUUCGCUACAAACCCAAUUCGAGAAUAGAAAGCUAUAUAAACCAUGGCACAAGGCUAGAAGAUGAUUUUUCUUCUGAGUCUGUCGACAGUGAAGAAGUUCAAUCUGACGAUGUUGAGUCCGAAAAUGCUACUGUUUCUUCUUCAGUUGAACUGACAUCUCCCAUAGGAGUAGAAGAAGAUUCUUCAUCUUCUGAAAUUAACUCCACUGAAAUCCAGCCAGAAACAGUUGAACUGAAUAUUGAGCCUAAACCUUGGUUUUCUAGGAAAUGGAGAACCGCUGCCUUGCUUUUGCUCAUCUUGUUUGGCUCCAUAUCCAUGUUUGUAAUCUUUUCUCCAAGCUUUGAAAAUGCUAUGUACUGCGAUAAGGUAAUUUCUAGGAUUUACCAUGAUCCUCAUGCAGUUGUUGAUCUCGCCAAAACUAAUCUUAAUGGUCUGUUCCAAUAUGCUAUGUUGUGGUCGGUUCAUUCAGUUGGUUAUUUGUCCAAUAUGAUCCACAAUGCAAGGGAUGUUAAUCAGUUCAGUCCUCUGCCUUUUAGUAACAUGACUGCUGGUUUGCAAGAAAUGGAGUUCGGAGAUUUUGAGGUUAAGGAUUUUGCGUUCUGGACUAGUUUAGAGAGAAAAGAAGAUGGAGGAUCUAGUCUUCCUCCAUUCACUGACCUAAAGAUGGAGAAUCUAGUGCUCAGCAUUGAACCAGAAGAACUAAAUGAGACUUCCGAGCUUGAGGAUUCUGUGCUCGACACUGAACCAGUUGAGGAGUCUGCAAUCGACACUGAACCAGUUGAGGAGUCUGCAAUCGACACUGAACCAGUUGAGGAGUCUGCAAUCGACACUGAACCAGUUGAGGAGUCUGCAAUCGACACUGAACCAGUUGAGGAUUUUGCACUCGACAGUAAACCAGAAAACCUGGAAGAGAUUUCUGUGCUUGACACUGAACCAGUUGAGGAUUCUGAAUUUGACGAUAAAUCAGAAAAUCUGGAAGAUAUUUCUGUAGUCGUCAAUGAUGAUUCUACUGCUCAUGUUAGUGAAGAAGCUACAUCAAUCGAUGAGGCUGUCAAUCAGGAGCUCAAAGCAGGAAAGGAUUUGACGGUUUAUAUUGAAGAUGAGCCCCCAAGUGCUGUGAAGGUUGAGGAUCAACUACUGUCCUCACCCUUUGAGGUUUAUUCUCAAGUUGUAAAAGCAUUGGGUGAAGAAACUGAUCUGAGUUCUGGUGAUGGUAUCAUUGAGUUGGAGGAGCUACAUGAAUUAAAUGACAGGAAGUCCCAAGUUUUUGAAUCAAAUGAUGGAAAUUCCCAAGUUCGUGAAUCAACUGAUGGAAGCUUGUCCUGGAUUAUAUCAGUUGUCAGUUUGGUCGCUGUGUCACUAUUAGCAGCUACAACAUUUAUGUACGCGAAGACAAAGAAAGAAACUCCCGAGCUUGCAGAUCCAUUGGUAGAUAAGGAAAAGUCGACAACAUACAAGGCAGCUGCAAGCAUGAUGAAGGCCUCACUCAAUGAGAAGCCAUCUUCUUUUAGCGAUGCAGUUGAGGUGGAUAUGGUUGGUGAGUCAUGCCCCUCAGAGAUGAGCAGCUGCCAGAAGAAUACGCCAUCUCAUAACAAGCACGCGGGCAGGGAAAAUGAUGAAGCUCAGUCUCAGAGUGUGGACAGAAGUCUCAGAGUGAAGGGAGGUAACGAAGUUCAGUCUCAGAGUGUGGAUAGAAGUAAAAAGAAUUAUAAGAGGGAGUCCCUUGCUGCUUCGUCAGAUUACACUAUGACUUCGUCUUAUGGAAGUUUCACCUCUUACAGUAUACUACACUUGAAGCAUGGAGAUGAGGAGGUGGUAACCCCAGUGAGACGCUCAAGCAGAAUCAGGACCAAGAUCACUUCUCCGUGACAAGUUGAAGAGCCUUUAUGACUCUUACUCUGGUUUCUGACUUGGUUGUUAACUACUAAUUAGCUAGCUGAUGACAGUGAGCGGCUCAUAGUAUGUAGGAUUCCGGUCACACUAACUUGGCCCACGUCUUGUUGUGGCUUAUUUAGUUUGUUGUUUGCCUUCAAGUGUGAUUGUUGAAGCUCCUUUGUUUUUUUUGUUAUCAACUGUUCCCAUUGUUUCAUUUGAUGUCAUUUUCCUUUAAAAGCAUUCUCUUAUUUCAUAUUGCACAAGUUUGGCAAUGUAAUGUCGUUCCUCAGAUUUA